AUGUAUAGCAAGUGUGGAAGCGUAGAGGAUGCAAGGUUUGUGUUUGAUGAGUUGCCUGCAAAAACAACGGUAGGAUGGAAUAGUAUUAUUGCGGGUUAUGCACUUCAUGGUUAUAGCGAGGAAGCAUUGAGCAUGUACUAUGAAAUGCAAGAUUCUGGCGUCAAAAUGGACCAUUUUACAUAUUCAAUUAUUAUUCGAGUUUGUACAAGAUUAGCCUCGUUAGAACAUGCCAAACAAGCUCAUGCUGGGCUAGUUCGUCAUGGUUUUGGGUUAGAUAUAGUUGCUAACACAGCACUUGUAGACUUCUAUUGCAAAUGGGGAAGGAUAGAAGAUGCAAGGCAUGUUUUUGAGAAGAUGCCAAAAAAGAAUGUCGUGUCUUGGAAUGCCUUAAUAUCUGGAUAUGGGAAUCAUGGUCGUGGAAUCGAGGCGGUUGAGUUAUUCGAGUGGAUGAUCUCUGAAGGAAUGGUUCCCAAUCAUGUAACCUUUUUAGCAGUUUUAUCUUCUUGUAGUUAUUCAGGGCUAUCUGAUCGUGGGUGGGAAAUAUUUGAAUCAAUGAGUAGGGAUUACAAGGUGAAACCUAGAGCAAUGCACUAUGCUUGUAUGAUUGAAUUAUUAGGCCGAGAAGGGCUUCUGGAUGAAGCUUUUGCAUUGAUAAGAGAUGCUCCAUUCAGGCCUACUAUAAACAUGUGGGCUGCUUUACUUACAGCUUGUAGGAUUCACAAGAAUUUUGUGCUUGGGAAAUUUGCUGCUGAGAAACUUUAUGGGAUGGGACCAGAAAAGCUAUCUAAUUAUGUUGUACUUUUGAAUAUUUAUAUGAAUGCUGGGAAAUUGGAAGAAGCGGCUGAAGUCGUGAAAACCUUGAAGAGAAAAGGUUUGAGAAUGUUGCCUGCAUGUACUUGGAUUGAAAUUAAGAAGCAGCCGCAUGCUUUCUUCACUGGAGAUAAAUCCCAUCAUUUAACCAAGGAUAUCUAUGAUAAUUUAGAUAACUUAAUGCUGGAGAUUUCUAGAAAUGGAUAUGUUCCCGAAGGAAGAACUUUGCUUCCUGAUGUGAAUGAACGAGACGAGCGCAUGCUAACUUAUCAUAGUGAAAAGUUGGCUGUUUCAUUCGGUCUAAUCAGCACUUCUGAUUCGACCCCGUUGCAACUUGUUCAAAGUCAUAGGAUUUGCAACGACUGCCACAAUGCAUUCAAACUAAUAGCCAUGGUUACUAAAAGAGAAAUUGUCAUCAGGGAUGCUAGUAGAUUUCACCGAUUUAGAGAUGGAAAUUGUUCUUGCGGCGAUUAUUGGUGAUGCACAUAAUACUACCUUUGUCUGCCUCCUUACUGUCCAAUUUUUUUUUCCAAAUAUAAUUCUUGAAGAUGUCUACUUGCCAGGUUGUUACCUUAGGACUUUGUUGCGAAUGUCAAAAUAGUCCUUUUCUUUUCGCCCUCAAUUUCUUUUGUUAGUUUUCAAUAUCUCCUACAAUUGAUAUUUUAAGCUUGUAACCUGCAGUAAAUUACAAUAAUCUAUUGAAAUCAGUAUUUUUUUAUGUA